AUGUUUGCCUUUCAUGAAAUUAACAAUAAUGCUGAAUUGUUGCCCAAUACCACACUGGAUUCCAAGAUUUAUGACAAUGCUUUUAAUGCAAGGCAAAGCUCUUGGGCCACUCUGGAUUUUCUCUUCACCAGUCAAGGAAAUCCCCCCAAUUACGAAUGUGUCAGGGAAAAGAAAUUAAUGGCUGUCAUUGGAGGGCUUACCUCUCAGAACUCCAUCCAGAUGACUAACAUCUUGAAUACCUACAAAGUACCACAGAUCAGCUAUGGCUCAUCUGAUCCAGCUUUGAGGGACAAGACCCAGUUCCCUUCCUUCUAUCGGAUGGUCCCAAAUGAAGAUCCUCAGUAUGCUGGAAUUGUUCAGCUGCUCAAGCAUUUUGGAUGGAACUGGGUUGGCCUCAUUGUUUCAGAUGAUGACAGCGGAGAAACCUUCCUUCGGAAACUGACACCAAAGCUCUUGCACAGUAAUAUUUGCAUUGCCUGGUUACAACUGAUCCCACUAGUGGCUGCAUUUGUAAAAAGUGACCUGUUUCAAGAGAAAUUGGGAACAAUUCAAUCAUCUCUGUCAGUGACUGAAAUCAAUGUGAUUCUUGUGUAUGGAGAUAGUCAAUCUCUGGAGGCUUUACAAAUAGUUUUAUACUCUGAAGAAAUUAUUUAUAGGUAUCCUAUGGAGAGGGUGUGGAUCACAACUGCUGAAUGGGAUUUCAUGGCUAUGGGAUCUGUGAGAAGAUUCCCUACUAAAUCCUUCAAUGGCACCUUGUCAUUCAGAGUGCAUACAAAUGUGGUGCCAGGAUUUCAAGAUUUUGUUGAGACGAUCAAUCCUUUCCAGUCUACUUUUUAUUUCAUCCAUCAAUUCUGGCUCAGUGCAUUUCUCUGUUCCUUCCCUAUGUAUAACCUCUAUGUCCCAAACAAGGGAAACUGCACAGGGAUGGAGAGGCUGAGGAGCCUUCCUGGAACAGUGUUUGAAAUGGGUAUGUCUGCCCAGAGCUACAGUAUCUACAACGCUGUUCAUGCUGUCGCACAUGCUCUUAAUGCCAUAGCUUCAUCAAGUACCAAACAGAAAGGAAUGGGACAUGGAGGAAUGUGGAAUGUUCAACCAUGGCAGCUUCACCGGUUUCUGAGGAACAUCUGUUUUAAUAAUAGUGCUGGUGAAGAAAUAUGUUUUGAUGACAAUGGAGACCAGGUAGGGGGAUACGAUCUCAUGAACCUGGUCACCUUCUCCAAUGAAUCCUACCAGAGAAGACAAGUUGGAAAGGUGGACCCCCAGGCUCCUAUGGGGAAAGAGUUCAUCAUUAAUGGAAGUGCUAUUGUGUGGAAUCACAAGUUUAAUCAGAUGGUGCCCAGUUCCACUUGCGUCGAGAGCUGCCACCCUGGACAGAGCAUGUUCAUCCAGCAGGGGAAGCAAGUCUGUUGCUACGAUUGCAUGGAAUGCCCCCAGGGGAGGAUUUCAAAACAGAUGGAUGCAGACCUAUGUGAAAAGUGCCCAGAUGAUCAGUAUCCCAAAAACAAUCAGGAUCAAUGCAUCCCUAAAAUCAUAAGCUACCUAUCCUUUGAGGAGCCCUUGGCAAUGGUUCUGGCUUCCUUGGCUAUUUUGCUCUCUGUAAUCACAGCUGUGGUGAUGUGGAUCUUCCUUCAGCACCACAAUACUCCCAUCGUCAAAGCCAACAACUGGAGCAUUACGUGCGCCCUGCUCUGCUCUCUGCUGCUCUGUUUUCUCUGCUCCUUCUUGUUCAUUGGGUGGCCUGCGAAGGUGACCUGCCUGCUGAGACAAACAGUAUUUGGUGAGGUCUUCUCCAUCGCUGUUGCUUGUGUGUUAGCAAAGACCACCACUGUGGUUUUGGCCUUCAUGGCCACCAAGCCUGGAAACAGAGUGAGGAAAUGGGUUGGGAAGAGACUUGCUGUAUCAGUCAUCAUUCUCUCAUCUCUUAUUCAAGCUGGCAUCUGUGCUGUGUGGCUGGCAAUGUCUCCCCCUUUCCCAGAGUUGGACAUGCACUCCCAGGUUGACACGAUCAUUGUUCAAUGCAACGAAGGCUCAGCCCUCAUGUUCUACAUUGUCUUGGGCUACAUGGGGCUUUUUGCUAUCAUCAGCUUCACUGUGGCUUUCUUUGCCAGGAAGUUGCCUGAUACUUUCAAUGAAGCCAAAUUGAUCACUUUCAGCAUGUUGGUCUUCUGCAGUGUUUGGGUGUCUUUUGUGCCAACAUACCUGAGCACCAAAGGGAAAUACAUGGUGGCCGUGGAGAUCUUCUCCAUCUUGGCCUCUGGUUCUGGCUUACUGGGUUGUAUCUUCCUCCCCAAGGUAUACAUUAUUAUGCUGAGGCCUGAGCUGAACACCAGAGAACAAUUAGUAAGGAAAAAAGAAUAG